UUUCGUGCCAUCAAAACCUCUACAAUCCCAUAAUCAUGUCUAGAUUUUUUGUUGUUUUGAUCGCCGUCCUAGCGACUGCCGCCGCUAAACUACAAAAAUUGAGCGUGAUUGUCCCAGAACAAGAAACCCAAUCCACCCACUUAUCAGCCAUUCAGUUAUCUGGAGAUCAUUCCUCUCACGGAGGCAAGAAGUACUCAUCAAGCGCUGAACUCACCAGUUUGGCUCACUCUUCGGCACUUCAAGCCAGAACAGCGGUGCAAAAUCAACAAGUAGCAGGGGUCCAAGCGGCUGCAGGAGCCCAAAAUGGAUUCGCUCGUGCCGCACAAGAAGCAGCUCACGCCGCAAGAGUAGCUUUAGUAGCCAAGCAAGUUAUUGUUCAAAAUUUGCAGGCGCAAGUUGAGGAUGCUGAACAUCAAUUGCAAGCUGAAGAGGGACAGUACCAACAAGCUCUCGAAGCCGCUAAUGCAGCUCAAAACGCCGUCCAGCAAAGCCAACAGCAAUUAACCGCUGCUACUGCUGCCUUUGCCGCUAUACAACAGUCUGCUACUCAAACAGAACGUGCCGCCGCUGCUGCGUUACAGGCUGCUGCCGCUCAGCAUCAAAUGAUCCAAGAUGCUCAGCAAAGACUUGGAAGGCUGCAUGCUCGAUUGGAUGAAGCCUUAGCUGGACUAGCUGAAACUCAACAGUCGGCUCAAAGAGCCGCUGCUGCCGCUCAACAAGCUCAAAAUAAUGCUGAAGCUUCUGCACUACUGGCCGUAGCAAACAGCGCUGCAAAUCAGAAUGGUGAACAUGAUUCAAAUCUUUACCACCACUAAAUUCUGAGAAGACUGACAAUUUCGUGUUCAUCCAUUCUGUAUAUAUCCAUUGUCAUCGUUUAUAUUUAAAUAAAAGUAAGAUGUA